CUAAGCCCCGCCUCCCGCUUCCAAGAUGGCGGCGCCCAUGAUCGGCGACUUGUGACAAGAUCGUGAGGCGAUCGCGGCCUGGGCUAUGAAGCGGGAGGCCUGUUCCUCUUCGGCGGCUAACGGCAGCCAGGCCGCCGGGAGGAGAGGCGGAAGGAGGCGGCCUCCGCCAAAGAAGCAGCCGCCGAUCGGGAAGCUCCACAAACUGGGACUGUCGGUGAGGGGAUUCGUGGAGGCCGCGGUGGGGCCCGAUGGCGAUGGCGAUGAUGGUAGCUCCACCGGAUCCCUUCAGCAGCCGGCUUGGAUCGGCCGCAGGAAUCGACGAGAAAUGAAGCGAGAGAAGCGCAAGUUGAAGCGAGGGCGGCGGAAGCGGCUCCUGAUCGCCAACGGGGAAGCGAAGAUCCCGCGCCUCUUAAAGACACCCUCCAUUAGAAAGAGGACCCCGCCGCCACCGGUGGAAGAAGAUCGAAAAGAAGAAGAGAAGAAGAAGAAGCCGCCGCCGGCCAACGGUCAGCCGCCGUCCAAGCAGCCCCGGACAGCUCCUUCCGCUACAGCCGCGACUCGCAAAAGAGCCCUGCUGGCAGCCAACGAGGCGGAGGAGCGGGAGAUCCGUCGCCUGGAGCGGCAAUUGGGGCUCCACAAGCGCCGCAAGAAGCAGCGAGGGGGAGGCGACCAGGAGGGGGAAGCGGCGGAGGCAUCCUUGCCACAAAGCUUCGUCCGGGACGGGCUGGAUUACGUGUUGGGUGCGCUGAAGUCCGAGGCCGCUUUCUCGGGCCUCUACGAGAAUGGCGAUGUGGGAGAAGGAAGCGGGACAGAAGAAGAAGAAGAAGAAGGCCUGAGCCCGGGAGAGGAGGGCGAGGAUGAAGUGGGAAGCUCCGGGGAUUCCAGCCAGGAGGAAGGAAGCGAAAGUCCUUCUGAAGAAAGGGAGUCCAGCCAAGAGGCUGCCAGGCUGGCUGGGGGAUUCUCGGAGUUGAAAUCCGCAGAUCUUAAUAUUGGCAUGGCUGAAAAACAGAACUGCCAAGCAUGGAGCCCUGAGAAUCCUAACCAGGAUGCUGUAAAGUAUGUUCCACCUCAAAUGCGAAUUUCCGAAGAAACAAUAGAUUCCAAAAAGAAACAAGAAUUGGAAAGACUAAAGAAAACCGUGAAAGGUCUGAUUAAUAGGUUGAGUGAAUCAAAUCUAGCCUCCAUCAGUGGGCAGUUGGAAGAACUGUAUAUGACAAACAGUAGAAAAGAUAUGAAUGAAACAUUAACAGAUAUUCUUAUCUGUGCUUGUGUUAUGGAAUCAACAGUGCCUUCCAGACUCCUGUUGGAUCAUGUUCUGUUGGUUAGUGUUCUUCAUCAGACUGUGGGAAUCGAGGUUGGUGCUCACUUUUUGGAAAUCGUGGUGAGGAAAUUUGAUGAUGUCUACAAAAGCGAAGCUGAAGGGAAAGAAUGCGAGAACUUGCUGAUUUUAAUUGCUAAUUUGUAUAAUUUUUAUGUAGUGCAUUCAGCGCUUAUCUUUGAUAUCUUAAAGAAGCUUCUUAGCACUUUUUCUGGGAAGGAUAUUGAACUGAUCCUGCUGCUGCUGAAGAAUGUGGGCUUUUCCUUGAGGAAGGAUGAUGCCCUAGGACUAAGGGAACUUAUCAAUGAGGUCCAGAUAAAAGCAGAUGCAAUGGGGAAACAAUUUCAGGACCAGUCAAGGGUUUGCUUUAUGUUGGAGAUUAUGUUGGCGCUAAAAAAUAAUGACUUGAGGAAAAUUCCUGGUUAUGACCCAGAACCCAUUGAAAAAUUACGAAAACUGCUGAGAACACUGACACAUAAUAGUAGUUCCGGAAAAGAAUCUCAACUUCGUGUGUCAUUGGAAUCUCUUCUCACAGCUGAUCGGGUUGGUCGCUGGUGGAUUGUUGGGUCCUCUUGGAGUGGUGCUCCAAUGAUUGACAGCACUAGCAACAAAACUGAACAAAUACUAACAAAUAAUACUGUGGGAAAGGUAAGCACAAGGAUUCUGAAACUCUCUCGUAAGCAGAGAAUGAAUACUGAUAUCAGGAGAAAUAUAUUUUGCAUCUUGAUGACAAGCGAAGAUUUUUUGGAUGCCUUUGAAAAACUUUUGAAGCUUAGGCUUAAAGACCAACAGGAGAGAGAAAUAGUCCAUAUCCUCAUAGAUUGUUGCCUGCAAGAGAAGACCUACAAUCCCUUCUACGCAUAUUUAUCCGCCAAGUUCUGUGAAUACGAAAAGCGAUUUCAGGUCACAUUACAGUUCAGUAUCUGGGACAAAAUCAGAGAUUUAGGAAGCCUGUCCGCUGCUGCUUUCUCCAAUUUAGUUAAUCUUGUAACUUAUCUGCUGAAGACUAAAUGGCUCUCUCUUACUGUCUUCAAGGUGAUUGAAUUCAGUGACUUAGAUAAGCCAAAAGUUCAGUUUCUGCGACAGGUGUUGUCUGCGUUAUUCCUAAAAAUGGAACAAGAAGAUCUCAACCAUAUAUUUGAAAAGUUGUCUGACAAUCCCAAGCUGGGGAUGCUAAAUGAAGGCUUGAAGCUUUUUCUUAUGCAUUUCUUGAUGAAAAACAUUCAAGCUCACUCAGAUGUUAAAGAAGGUGCUUUGCUAAAAGAGAAAAUUGAUCUAGUAACUAAAAGGUUGAAAGCAAAUGAAUCAAAAGUGAAAUUAUAAUAUCAAAAUCAUAUUACAGAGUUUCCCUUAUGAAAAGUAGAGAAAGUAGUUGGGUAAUGUGGUGCAAUAGGAUGUACAGAUGACAUUGUUCUAUAUAAAUACGUCACCAAAAUAUGGAGGUAGUUACGGUUUUAUAUUCAGAUUUAUAUGGAUAUAUUGAGAAAUAUAUGCACAUAUAAAUGUUUUUAAAUAAUCAGGGAUUUUAUUAAAAGACAAGACAAAAUUACCAAUGAACAUUGAGAGAUUUUGGGCAAAAAAUGAAAUUUUAUUUCAAAUGCACCUUGAUAUUUUCUUACUGAAUCUCUUAAAGCUACAUGUGAAGCAUUGAGUGGGAUUUAUAGAUAACAGUAAGCAUGGCCAAGUUAAUUUUAUAUUUCUCAUCCCAUUUUAUUCUUUGUGUAAAUUAUUAUCUUGCUUUUAAUCUUGUUUGUACUGCAGAAAAUUAAAUUCCCUACUGUUUUUCUAAAUUA